AUGUUUUUGUGCUGUUUGGACGCUGUAGCACGAGAGCAAAGAUAUCUUAAUAACGAAAUCGAGAAACAACUAAAGAAAGAAAAAAGAGAAGGUCAGAGAGAGUACAAACUCCUGCUCCUCGGCACAGGGGAAAGCGGAAAAACAACGUUCAUGAAACAAAUGAAAAUUAUCAGCGGGAAAGGAUUCACACAAGAUGAUUACAAACUCUCCAGAGAAAUCGUUCGUGACAACAUUGCCGACUCUCUGUUUAAACUACACAAAUAUCUCAAAUCUCACCAAAUGUCUCUAAGUUCUCAACUCGAAACAGCCAUCGAAGAGGUGAUUAAGGCGGGGGUAGACCUGAGAUCAUUCCACGUCGAAACAAUUCGUGAUUACUGGGCCGAUUCAGUGGUACAACAGAUUUUCCAGAAACGUGGAACCUUCCACGUGUUGGACUCUUUCAAAUAG